CUCUCGCCUCGGCUCGAGUCUACGGAGCACGGAGUUGUGCUCGAAUCAUGGCGACACCCGACCCCGUAGACCCAGCCACCCUAGAGAUUAAGACCCGUAGCAUAGAACAGACACUACUCCCACUAGUGAAACAGAUUUCGACGUUAAUCUCGCACAGAGAGCGACCGCUAUGCUCGGAUCGGAGUCUACGAGCGGUCGCCAGAGUCGGCCAGGCGGUAAAUUUGGCGGUCGAGAGAUUCGUUACCGUGGGCGAAACUAUCGCGGACGACAACCCGGAGAUCAAACAGGAGAUGUACGAGGCAUGCAAGGAGGCGAGGAUUGCUGGUUCGGCGAUCGAAAAAUUGUGCGAAUGUGCCUUGGAGGACAGUUUGGCUGACCGAGGCUCCGUCGUGAGAGCCGCCAGAUGUCUUCUGGGCUCGGUGACGAGAGUUCUUCUCCUGGCAGACAUCGUCGUGGUCAAUCAACUGCUUCACGCCAAGGAUAAGGUCGCCCGCAGUCUCGGACGUCUCGAAAGCGUUUCGAAUUUCACCGAAUUCGUCAAGGCGUUCAGCCAAUUCGGCGGUGAAAUGGUCGAGUUGGCGCAUUUAACCGGCGAUCGUCAGAACGAUCUCAAAGACGAGAGACGUCGCGCGCAGAUGGCGGCGGCGCGUCAGGUGCUAGAAAGAAGCACCAUGAUGCUGCUCACAUCCAGCAAGACGUGUUUGAGGCAUCCCGAGUGUCCUUCAGCGAGAGAGAACAGAGACACCGUUUUUUGUCAAAUGCGAAGAGCGAUGGAUCUGAUACAUUACGUCGUUAAAGACGGCGUAGUGGACUGCAGCGAAUCUCAGUCUUACUCGAAUUCGCAGAGCCCGCAGCAGGAAGACUGGGACAGCAGUACCGUUUGCUCGGCAUUGAAACACUUCGAGAGGCUCGUUGAAACAACGAGGAUGACCCUGCUGAGACCGGACUGUCGCGAGACACUUACAUCGGCCCUCGAAACAGUGGUCGAGAGAACACAGGAUUUUACCGACAGCGCCUACACGAGCCAUGAACACAGAGAAAAUAUUCUUUUGCUCUGUGAUCGCGCGAAACUCGAGCUCAAUACACUCUUGCGGAUCGGUAACAGUAUGAAUUACGAAGGCGGCGGGGGUUCACCUAGCUCGGAAAUGGAGCAAGCGGUGGUGGGUGUCCUACGGGCAACCAGGGAUCUCCGCCAGCAGCUCUGUGUAACGACGAUGGAGCAGGCCGGCGAUCUUGGCCAAGUGACAAAGGCCGGCCAAGAACUCGUGUCAACAAUCAGAAAUCUCGCGCUGGCCACUGACAUCGACCGUCUGCAGGAGAGCAGCGACAGGUUCCACGAGUAUAUCGAACAUAUUCUCGAAGUGUGCAAACUCUUGAGACACGUUGCACUUUCGGAAUCGUUGCAAGUAUCGGCCAAGUUCACGGAGAUCAAUUUGAGAAUAUAUGGUCCGCAAGUCGUAACAGCCGCGCACACACUGGCCAGGCAUCCCACUAGUAAGAUAGCCAAGGAAAAUCUCGAGGUAUUUACCGACAUGUGGCAGUGGCUGAUGAGUGACGUAACGACAGUGGCAAAAGAUGUGCUAGAACUCAGUCAAAACCGGCCGGAAAAACAAGUUUACAUGUCGCUGCCGCGGCCAGGAAAACACGGCACGACGAGCAAGCCGCUAAAACCGGUGCGACUUGACAGCGAGGAGCAAGCGAAGAUCGCCAAGGCGGGUCUCGAGAUGAAGCUGAUCACCUCGGAAAUGGACGCCGAGACGGAGAAGUGGCAGGAGAGCGGAAGCGCUCUGGAGGAGAACAACGAUAUCGUGAAGCGGGCGAAGAACAUGUCGUCGAUGGCGUUCUCGAUGUAUCAGUUCACGCGGGGCGAGGGCGCGUUGAAGACCACCCAGGACCUGUUCACCCAAGCUGAGUAUUUCGCCGAGGAGGCGAACAGAUUGUACAAGGUUGUGAGACAAUUCAGUUAUCAGGUACCAGGUGGGCCGCACAAGAAAGAACUUCUGGAAAAUUUGGAUCGUGUGCCGACUUAUGUUCAACAACUGCAAUUCACCGUGAAGAACCCUACCGUCGGCAAGGCUGCCACUUUCACAAAAGUCGAUAAUGUUAUACAAGAAACGAAAAAUCUCAUGAAUGUGAUCUCGAAAGUGGUCACAACGUGCUUUGUCUGCGCCACAAAGCACAAUCUCGUCAUGCCGCAAUAUACGGAACUCAGCCCGAUGAUGGUGCCCGGGCAGGCCGAAGAGGAUUGCUUGUACCCGAUUAGUCCGCAAUUGUUGCCAUCCACGAGUCCCUACGUGCAACCCCACCCGCUCACGUCCGCACAAUUUUAUAACAUCCUGAAACCGCCUCCCACCCUGUCUCCCUUCAAUUACGGCACCAUACCGAAUCCGUCCGCCGUUUCCGGGACGUCCCGGAAUCCUGGUGCCUUCGUCCAUCCGUCCGCACUGCCGUUCACGACGCCUGGAGCGCAGCAGCAACCGCCAUACUGUCUGCAGAAUCUGCAGCUCUUGCAGCUGCAGCUGCACCACGCACAGCUGCAGCACUUAAGACACGCCACGCUACCGAGAUAAUAGCAGGCCCUUAUGUAAUACGUCGUGCCGUAGCACGUGGCACGUGACACUGUCGUGAAAAAAACGUUUCACGCGCACGCACGCACGCACACGUCGAGAACACUACACGUUCUUCGCACAGGUUCGACUUUGGUUUUGUUUCUUUUAUUUUGCUUUGUAUAAUCUUUUAAUUUCCGUCAGAUCACCAGCCAAUAUCGAAUCGCCGUAAUUUUGGUGUGACACUGCGCUCCAAAAUUUUUAUAAAUUGCAAUUUCAACUUGUUCGCAAGGGACCGAAGUGAAAAAUAAUUUCACCAAAAUUACGACAAUCUUUUGCCUUUUAGCUUCGCUAAUGGCUUCACGGUUUUUUAUUAUUUUAUAUAGAAGAACUAACAACAGCUGACAAUAGACUUUGUUUGCGGCUUUUUUGCAAUCUUUCCGUUUUUUUGUCUAAUUCGCAUUUUGCUUCGAACUAAAGCAACACACAACGCGAUCCUCCACGUCCAUCCAAUAACACAAACCACGUAAUAAUAAUCGAUUUGAAUUAAUCCAUUUUUUCAGCUACCUUUACAGGAAUGGCUACAAUGUAUCUCGUAAUGAAAUCUAACAUAUCUUUUCACUAACAUCGCAUACUCUAACAAAAUAUUUUUACAAGAUAAUGGAAGAAGCACUUCUUUUUGAAAAUAAAUUGUUUAAAAAAAUAUUGCAUUAGAUAAAAAAAAUUUAUCUUUUAUUUCUGUCUGUCUUCUCUUUUGUCAGAGUAUGUGACUUUUUUUACUUAGAUCUCAAACUGACUCGCCAAAUAUGACGGCACGAGCGUAACAAUGUCACAGCACGUGACACCUCUCUUUUUCUCGAGAACAUAUA